UUCUUAUUGAAAACGUUAUGCUUUUUGAGAACUUCUGUCUCUGGAGUUUUGGUGAUAUAUAAAAUAAACCUUUAUUUUUACAGGUUUUGACCAAUGGUGAACCAACCAGAAGAGGUCAAUAUAGGCAAUAUUUGUCUGCAGCCCUAGACAAGGCAUAUAAUGCUGUUUUAGAUGGAAUGGCAAUUAGGAAAGCUGCCACUACCUUUGCUGUUCCAUUUGCUACACUGCAUGACAGGAUGAGUGGGAAGGUUUCUAUUGAAUGUAGUACCACUGGUAGAGAACCACUAUUGUCCAUGGAAGAAGAACAGGGACUUGUUUCACAUAUUGAAGCCAUGGCAAAUUUUGGGUAUGGCUAUACAAGGGCUGAAGUUACUACUAUUGCCACAGACCUAGCAAUAUAUGUUGGAAAGAAGUCAAAGGAUGAACAACCCCUAUCACUUCAGUGGUUCUAUGGGUUUAUGAAGCGAUGGCCUGAUCUGUCAGUGAAGAAACCACGAUCCCUUGAGAUACAGAGAGCAAAAGCUACCUCAGAGGAGACGAUCACUCAUUAUUUUAAUGAGCUUGGGCACAUCAUGGAUAAGUACAACCUGAAGACAUGCCCUCAUCGCAUUUAUAAUGUUGACGAAAAGGGACUUAUGGAGCAUCAUACCCCACCAUCAGUUGUUACAUCGAGUCAGAGUACUCCAGCUGCAGUCACAACAUCAAGAUCAAGUACUACAACGGUUAUAGGUUGCGGCAAUGCGUCUGGUAGUUCUAUACCAGCGUAUUUUGUAUUCAAGGGCAAGAGGAUGCGGGAAGAACUCCUUUCAGGAAGUACCCCUGGAGCAGCAGGCACUGUAAGCGACUCUGGCUGGUCAAACACUGAGAUUUUUCAGCACUAUCUGACAGAGCAUUUCCUGAAGCAUGCUGUCGCCGCGUCUGCAGAUAGUCCACUUCUUAUUGUGUAUGAUGGUCAUAGAUCCCACGUAUCUAUUCCACUCAUCGAACGGGCACGUCAACAUCACAUUAUUUUGUUUGUACUGCCUGCACACACGUCCCAUGUUUUACAGCCAAUGGAUGUUGGUUGCUUUGGACCUUUUGCUAAAAUUUACAACAACCUCUGUCAUAAGUAUAUGCGGGAAAAUGCCACAAGUUCAGUUGAUAAACAUUCUGUUUGUGAACUUGGCUGUAGAGCUUAUAACCUGUCGCUGACACCAACAAAUCUGCAAUCCUCUUUCAGGAAAUGUGGAGUCUAUCCAUUUGACAAGUCUUCCACCGCCAAUAUCAACUUUGCGCCAUCAACAGUUUUUAAGUCGACUGAACCUUUGCUGCAUCCUGAUACUGGUGUUAUUGAUUCAUGUGUGCCAGUUGGAGACAAGGUUGUCACUUCACCUACUGAGGGCAAUGAUGUAGCAGGAUUCUUUAAAGACAAGACGACUGUACUUUUCAAGAAAGCUGUGCCUACUAAAAAGAGAAACGUUCUGAGCACUGUUGUCGGGGGCAAGGCCAUCACCGAAGACGUCAUUCUGAAUAAAAUUAUUUCCCACCAGGCUGUGAAAUCGGCACCCAAAAAGAGAAAGCAAGCGCCUAAACCAAGUAAAUCUUUAAAAAAAAUAAAUACUGUCACUGCAACGAAUGCAAGUACUGGAACUUCACGGUCCAACGCGCAUCAGGACGAUAGUUUUGAUAGUGAUGUGACAAGUGAUGACGAACUGUGCUGCAAAUGUAGCAAAUUUGUACCUGAUGAGGUUCGAGCUAAUGUCUCCCUGAUCAUAACAACCUGGGCACAAUGUACCCACCCUACAUGUCAGCACUGGACACAUUUACGUUUCUGCACGCCAGUUCGUGUUGUGCGUCGACAUUCUGAGUUUUGGUGCCCCUGUCACGAUGAGCCCGAAGAAUAACUCCCUGCAUCAACCUUGUAAAUAAUCUGGAUAUUUGUGACUUUUCAUCGGUUUUUUUUCAAUAUUAAAACAUAAAAUGAACGUUUGAUGGACAAAGAUGUAAUAAAACGACUGCGGACUGUUCUAAUUCGAAUUUUGACACAAGAGAUCGUCCAUACAUGUCAUCCCGGUUAUGCGACAAGCCAACCAAUCAAAUGAUCGAACUUGUGUGACGUAGCUUUCUGGGUCACUUCUGUUGACAGUGAGAGGGCGGCCAUGCCGCGAGUGUAAAUUUCAAUGGAAAUACGUGGAUUUGGGAAAUGUUUGUCAUAAAUAAACAAGUUCACAGGUAAGAUAUUUGAAAAAAAGAUUAUAUGAAUGUUACUAUGAAUAUUCAGCGACUUUUCGUAAGUGAUCGAACUUCCAUGACACGAG